GGUGGCUCGCUGGGCUCAGUUCGCGCUGCUCGUGCUGACGAUGGGAGACGAGGAGCUCGAGGACUUGGUUCAUUUCUCGGUGCGCGACGCGCCGGCACGAGGUUAUGUCGUCAUGGAGGAGAUCCGACGUCAGGGGAAACUCUGUGAUGUCACGCUCAGGGUGGGGGAUCAUAAGUUCAGCGCUCACCGGAUCGUGCUCGCCGCCUCCAUCCCGUACUUCCACGCCAUGUUCACCAACGACAUGGUGGAGUGCAAACAGGACGAGAUCCUGAUGCAGGGCAUGGACCCCAGUGCUCUGGAGGCUCUGAUUAACUUUGCGUACAGCGGCCAUGUUGCUAUCGACCAACAGAACGUCCAGUCUCUUCUGAUUGGCUCCGGCUUCCUGCAGCUGCAGAACGUGAAGGACGCCUGCUGCUCCUUCCUCCAGGAGAGGUUACAUCCGAAGAACUGUCUGGGUGUGCGUCAGUUCGCAGAGACCAUGAUGUGCACGACUCUGUACGACUCGGCCAGCAGCUUCCUGCACCAGCACUUUGUGGACGUGUCUCUGUCGGACGAGUUCCUGGGGCUGAGGACGGAGGAGGUGCUGGAGCUGGUGGGCUGUGAUGAGCUCAAUGUGAAGGCUGAAGAGCAGGUGUUCGAGGCGGCUCUCAGCUGGGUUCAUCAUGACCAGGACCGGCGGGAGCCUCUGCUGCCGGAGCUGCUGUCAAAGAUCCGACUUCCUCUGUGUCGCCCUCAGUUUCUGUCUGACCGCGUCCAGCAGGACGAGCUGGUUCGUUGCUGCCAUAAAUGCAGAGACCUGGUGGAUGAAGCCAAAGAUUUCCACCUGAUGCCCGAGCGUCGUCCUCAUCUUCCCACGUUCAAGACCAGACAGAGGAGCUGCACGUCCAUCACAGGACUCAUCUACGCUGUGGGAGGACUCAACAGCUCCGGUGACUCCUUAAAUGUGGUCGAAGUCUUCGAUCCAAUCGGGAACUUCUGGGAGCGCUGUCAGCCAAUGAGGACGGCUCGCAGCAGAGUGGGUGUGGCUGUUGUUAACGGACUGCUGUUCGCCAUCGGUGGAUAUGACGGCCAAUCGCGACUGAGCACAGUGGAGGUCUACAACCCAGAGACGGACACCUGGACGCGGGUGUCGAGCAUGAACAGUCAGCGCAGCGCCAUGGGGACGGUGGUGGUGGACGGACACAUCUACGUCUGCGGCGGCUACGAUGGGAAGUCGUCUCUGAACUCUGUGGAGUGCUUUUCUCCAGAGACCGACAGGUGGACGGUGGUGACAGAGAUGAGUGCCAGUCGCAGCGCUGCCGGCGUGACGGUGUUUGAUGGACGCAUCUUUGUGUCCGGCGGCCAUGACGGUUUACAGAUCUUCAACACGGUGGAGUACUACAACCACCACACCAACAGGUGGCACCCUGCGUCAGCGAUGCUGAACAAGCGGUGCCGUCACGGGGCAGCGUCUCUGGGCAGUCACAUGUACGUGGCGGGGGGUUACGACGGAUCGGGCUUCCUGAGCGGGGUGGAGGUGUUCAGCUCGGCGUCGGGGCAGUGGAGCCUCCUGGUGGCGAUGAGCACACGUCGCAGCAGGGUGUCUCUGGUGUCCACGUCAGGGCGCCUGUAUGCUGUGGGUGGAUACGAUGGACAGUCCAACCUCAACUCAUUGGAGAUGUACAACCCAGACACCAACCGCUGGACCUUCAAGGCCCCCAUGGCCUGUCACGAGGGAGGGGUCGGGGUGGGCUGCAUCCCCAUGCAGCCCACCUAAACCAGCCAAUCAGAGGCUGUGGAAGGAUGUUACUGCCUCCUGCAGGCGGGGAGACAGCGCCCUCUGGUGGCGUUUACUGAGCUGUGUUGGUACGACAGCCAGGCUCAGACCCGCAAACUGAGGCCUGUAGGAUUAUGGGAAAAAAACUGUAGAGCUAGCUCACAAAAACUAGCUGCUAGCAUUGUGCUGUUGCACGUAUGGACCAGUAAUGAUAAAUAUUGAUUUGGUACUUGAUUGAAUCGACCAAUGGGACGUCACUUCCUGUCCAGAGAGAAACAAAGCUGCUGAUGAAACGGGAUGACUGCUCGGAUCUGUUUUCACUGGACCGUUUAUUACUCAUUUAGUGAAUCAGUGUGGUCGACGGUGACACACCCCCCCCCCAUCCUCCACCAACCAGUGUGUCCUGAUGGUGGCGCUGCUGAGACAGGUGCACCAGGAUCAUUGUGUGUAAGGGGAUUCCUCCUGACCGGUCAGUGUGACAUCACUUCCUGCAGAUGGCUGCAGAACUUCCUAUCUUGAUGUUUUUAGGUUCCUUCAGUAUCACAGUCAAUUCAGCUGAUUCCAUGAUGAUGACAUCAUCAUAGACUCGAUGAUAUUCUCCUGCUUGUUCUAAUGAGUGAACAUGUUCCUAUGGCAACCACCCCCCCCACACAUGAUUAUUUAUUUCAUAAUAAAAAGUACAACUCAGUCGAGUUUAAUAAAACACGUUAAA